CUAAAAUAUCUCAAAUGACCACUUUACUGGAGCUCACUGGAGGAGGAGAUGACAGAUUUAGUUGAUAACUUCAAAGGCGAAUUUAAACGUUAUAAACAGCGUAAUCCUCUUCCAAAUUUUUCAGACGUCAUAGACAUUGAAGAGUCUCCCUCAAAGGUCACUUUAUUUACUCUUAAAACUCAAGACCAUCCUGCUGUAAAAGGACUUAAACCUGUUGAUCAAUGGAAAGCAUACACUCUUGACAAUUGCCCAGGAUUCAUAAUAAUUUCGAACCCAUUUGAAGAUGGAAGUCAGCGUUAUUGGAUGGAGGAGUGUAUUAAAACUUAUCCACUGGCACCAAAUAUCACCAACAUUGAUUCCCAUCUAUCUUCAGUAGAUCAACAUGAUGUAUGGCGGCACAGUAAAGCUAACUAUAGUAAGGAUAUAACAAGCAAAGAUAGUUUGAUGAUGAAGUUGAGAUGGGUCACCCUAGGAUACCAUUAUGACUGGGAUAAUAAAAAAUAUUAUACCAACAAACACAGUGAAUUUCCAGUGGACCUUUCUAGACUGUGUAAAUAUAUAGCAUCAGUAUUGGGUUACCCAUUGUUCGCUCCAGAGGCUGCCAUAGUUAAUUAUUAUCACAUGGAUUCAACUCUGGCAGGACAUACAGACCAUUCAGAAUUAGACCAUAAUGCACCAUUGAUUUCAAUAAGUUUUGGCCAAGAUGCCAUAUUUUUGAUUGGAGGUCUAACCAAAGAAACCAAACCAGAAGCCCUAAUGUUACACAGUGGUGACAUCUGUAUAAUGAGUGAACAGUCAAGACUUGUAUACCAUGCUGUACCAAGAAUUAUGAAAGCUCAAAUGAACAGAAUAGAAAAGUGUAUACUGAAAUGUAACAAAUGCAGUGAACAAACUAAUAUAGAACACAAUAAAAAGUCAUGUGAUAAAGUUACAGAUGAGCGAACAUGCAACAAUCAAAGAAAAAUGUCUUGUGAUAAACAGUCAGACUUUGGACAGUUUGACAAACAAUCUGAUUCUGCAGAAAAUAGCAGAGAGGCAUCUAUGGAUGAAACAUUAUUUUGUGAUUAUUUAAACUGUACACGGAUAAAUGUCAAUGUCAGACAAGUCCUAAAACAAAAUGAACGGUUUCCAGAGCAUCAAAAUGAUUUGUCUUAUAGUGUUGAGAGUAAAAAAUUAAAACUGGAAACAAAUUAAUAAAAAAGUCAAAAC